AUGUCCAGACUUGCUUCAGAUGUAAUUGAGCAUGCCUUAAUGUCCGAAGAAGGUUGUGAGCUAUUGUCGAAUAAUCUAAACGAUACGAGGGUGACGUUGGAGUUAUUGAAUGAUGGGGUUGGUCCUAGUGAAGUUGGAGGGUCCAGCUCCCAAACACGAUAUUUGAAGGACCCUAAGAGAGUAACACACAAAGGAAGCUCGAAACGAGUCAAGGGAGCAAAGGAAAAAGAGAAUGGAGCGAGGGAUCCGACAUUGUCAGCAGUGUGGACAAACUAG